UCGCGCCGGCAAUCCCUUCUGCCAGUGCUAUCCUCGACGUCCACACAUGUCUGCGAGUCUCACCUGUGCCGUAUCCGCGUUCGACACAGCUCACUCACACUUUCGGUCCUCCUCUCACAGUCUGCGGAAAUCAUGAGGUGUUUUCGCGACGGCGGGGACAGAAAUGGGCGGCUGGUACUAGUGGGAUGACGCAAGGGUGUACGUAUGACACUUUGGCUGGUGGAGCGUGCAGCCAGCCGCAGAUGAUGCUCCUGCUCUCGAAAUACGGUUACUGCGCGGCUCUAGAGUCGCACAGAGGCCUCUCACUCCAUGCCGCCCCUGCCGUCGAUUGACCUCACAGCGCCAGCCUCUGGUCAGCCUCAGUCACACAUAUAAUCCUCCUCUCCGCUCCUCCCAGCGUGACUUCCGACCACUCGCAGCCCGCCAAGCACGCCGCGACAUGCUCACCCACCGCAAGAAGGCCAAGCCCCAAGACGAAGAGUCUGCCCCGGACUCGUCCAAUGGCACUGCGAACGGUGGACCUGCAGAGAAGGACGACCACCGAUAUGACGACGGCGACGAGUACGAAAUCCUAUUACGCUACGCUAGUGAUGAAGCCGCAAAGCUCGAACGUGGUGAGGACGCCGAGGAUGAGGAGGAAGAAGGCCAGGAGAAGCGGCUCUGGUACAUGCCGUGGAAGAAAGUCCGCACAGGCAAACAGAAGGAGAAGAAGGUCCCUCAAGACUGGCUGCAAACCGACACCCAGCAAGGUCUUACCGGCGCAGAGAUCGACAAGCGCAGAAAGACCUUUGGCUGGAACGAGCUGCAGAGCCAGGACGAGAACCAGUUCCUCAAGUUUAUCUCCUACUUCCGCGGGCCCAUCUUGUACGUCAUGGAACUCGCUGUUCUCCUCUCCGCCGGCUUGCGGGACUGGAUUGAUUUCGGUGUCAUUAUCGGCAUUUUGUUCCUGAACGCCGGAGUGGGUUGGUACCAGGAGAAACAGGCCGGUGACAUUGUUGCCCAACUCAAGGCUGGCAUUGCGCUCAAGGCACUGGUCGUACGCGAUGGACGCGAACAGGAAAUCGAAGCUCGAGAUAUCGUUCCGGGUGACAUUAUUGUGUUGGAGGAAGGCAGAACAAUUCCUGCGGACGCAAAGAUCCUCACCGACUACAACGACAAGUCCGGAUCCAAGUCCAAGGCGAUCACCGAGAAGCUCGGCCGCUCCAAUAGCACAUCCUCUGCCUCGUCGUCCUCUUCCAGGGACAAGGGCCCCUCCGUGCUUUCCGUCGACCAGUCUGCCAUCACCGGCGAGUCACUGGCGUCCGACAAGUUCCUCGGUGACGUCGCGUACUACACGUGCGGCGUGAAGCGCGGCAAGGCAUACGGUGUGGCUACGUGUAACGCGCAGCAGAGCUUUGUCGGCCGCACGGCGAACCUCGUCAUGUCCAGCAACGAGCGCGGGCACUUCCAGAUUGUGCUGGACGGCAUUGGGAAUGCGCUGCUGGUGAUUGUGAUCGGGUUUAUCUUCAUUGUGUGGAUUGGAGGAUUCUUCAGGCACCUGGGCAUUGCGACGCCGGCGCAGAACAACUUGCUCGUGUAUGCGCUGAUCUUCUUCAUCAUCGGUGUACCCGUCGGUCUUCCGUGCGUGACGACUACCACGAUGGCUGUCGGCGCGGCGUACCUGGCAAAGCAGAAGGCCAUCGUGCAGAAGCUUACGGCCAUCGAGUCUCUUGCAGGCGUCGACAUGCUCUGCUCAGACAAGACCGGCACGCUCACCGCGAACAAGCUCUCCCUCAACGAGCCGUACAUCGCGCCGAACGUCGACCCGAACUGGUUCAUGGCCGCCGCGGCGCUCGCCUCCUCGCACAACGUCAAGUCGCUCGACCCGAUCGACAAGGUGACCGUCGUCGGGCUGAAGGACUACCCAGGCGCGCAGGACAUCCUCCGGGGCGGGUGGAAGACGAGCAAGUUCACGCCGUUCGACCCCGUCUCGAAGCGGAUCACGGCGGAGGUCGAGCGCGACGGCAAGCGGUACACCUGCGCGAAGGGCGCGCCGAACGCGAUCCUCCGCCUCAGCGAGUUCGACCCGGACACGAUCCAGGCGUACCACGCGAAGAGCCAGGAGUUCGCGCAGAGGGGGUUCCGUUCCCUGGGCGUGGCCGUGAAGGAGGAGGGCCAGCCGUGGCAGCUCCUGGGCAUGCUCGCGAUGUUCGACCCGCCGCGCGCGGACACGGCCGCGACGAUCCACGAGGCGAUCGACCUCGGGAUACACAUCAAGAUGCUCACGGGCGACGCGGUCGCGAUCGCGAUCGAGACGUGCAAGCAGCUCGGGCUGGGCACGAACGUGUACGACUCGGCGCGGCUGAUCGGCGGGCAGAUGGCGGGCUCGGAGGUGCGCGACUUCAUUGAGGCCGCGGAUGGCUUCGCGGAGGUGUUCCCGGAGCAUAAGUACCAGGUGGUGUCGAUGCUGCAGCAACGCGGGCACCUUACGGCGAUGACGGGGGAUGGUGUCAGUGAGUACGAUGCGCCUUCGCUGAAGAAGGCGGACUGUGGUAUCGCUGUGGAGGGCGCGUCGGAUGCGGCGCGGACGGCGGCGGAUGUCGUGUUCCUUGACGAGGGUCUGAGCACGAUCAUCACUUCGAUCAAGGUCGCGCGCCAGAUCUUCCACAGGAUGAAGGCUUACAUCGUCUACCGUAUCGCGCUUUGUAUCCACCUCGAGCUCUACUUGUGUCUGUCUAUGCUCAUUCUGAACGAGACUAUCCGCGUGGACCUCAUCGUCUUCCUGGCCAUCUUCGCAGACGUCGCGACCAUCGCUAUUGCUUACGACAACGCCCCCCACGAACGCAAACCCGUCGAUUGGCAGCUCCCGAAGGUGUGGAUCAUGUCAACCCUCAUGGGCAUGCUGCUCGCCGGCGGCACCUGGAUCAUCCGCGGAACGCUAUUCCUCGGAGACGGCGGCAUCAUCCAGAACUUCGGCAGCGUCCAAGAGAUUCUGUUCCUCGAAGUCGCGCUCACGGAAUCGUGGGUCAUCCUCAUCACCCGCAUGGCGAUAGGGCCGGACUCGGGGCCUUUUGUCUGGCCUUCGUGGCAGCUGGUGGGGGCGGUCCUCGGUGUGGACGUUCUUGCCACGAUCUUUGCGCUGUUUGGAUGGAUCUCGGGGCCGGGCGAGCACGGGGGAUGGAUCGACAUCGUCACUGUGGUCAAGAUCUGGGCAUACUCGUUCGGCGUCACCGUCGUCGUCGGUUUACUCUACUUCCUUCUGAGCAGGAUGCGGUGGCUGGACAACGUCGGCCGGCGCAACCGGAGCAGGAAGGACGUCAAGCUCGAGAACUUCAUCACGGAGAUGCAGCGGCUCACGUUCGUGCACGAGCACGACGCCCAGGGCGAGUCGUACUACCGCCUGUCGUCCGGGAACUCGAGCCAGGAUGAGAAGAAGGGGGGUGAGAAGAAGGGUGCUGAGAAGCCGAAGGCGAGCAGCAAGUCGGGGAGCACGCACAACGUCGCUGAGGAGGGGCGGAAGACGGGGAAGGGCGGGAAGGACGAUGCACAGGAGAAGGGUAAUCAGGUCGAGCCGACGGAGGCUAAGGAGGCGGGCAACGGUGCAGGGGAGAAUGCUCAAAGCGACGGCGACAAGCGCGAUGACAACGGCAAUCGGGACGCGCCUACCGGCGAGCAAGCGUCGACAUGACAUUGACAAUCACGCACGGUUGUCAAUGCUAGAAAGGUGCCUCUGACGACUGCAUGACAUGGACCCCAUACAUACUAGUAUAUCUGAACAUUGUAUCUUUUGCGGAUCUGUUGUAUCAUGACCUGACGAGUAGCGGUGUAGACCCUGAAUGUCGUACGAAAAUACCAUACCACGUAGACUAAUAAAACCUGCGUUACAAUGCGUUUGAGUACUCGAGAGUCGCGUAGCAUCCCUCGAAAUAAUAACCCGAUGCACGCACGCAAGCGAGGCAUCAC